ACGGCGCUGCUCUCACCUCCCCGCGGCUGCUGCGCUGGGAGGGAGCUGGGCGGGGGCUACAAGGAGGAGGGGCCGGCGUGGGGCUCGCCGCCUGCGGUGCGUUCCACAGGGCCACCCGCGGAGCAUGGCCGGUGUUGGCCCGCAGCCGCCCGCCGUGGCGCAGCCGCUCGCCGGCGGUCACCUGUACCCCUUCGUGAGCGCGGAGAGCGAGGGGCCCGAGGAGGAGGGCGAGGUGUCGGAACUGCGGCCGCGGGGCAGGGAGAAGGUCCGGCGGAGCGCGUCGCGGGACAGGCUGGAUGAUAUCGUCCUGCUGACGAAGGACAUCCGGGAAGGGGACACGCUGAACGCGAUCGCGCUGCAGUUCUGCUGCUCGGUCGCAGAUAUCAAGAGAGUUAACAAUCUUAUCAACGAUCAGGAUUUUUUUGCCCUGAGGUCUAUCAAAAUUCCAGUGAAAAAGUUCAGUGUGUUGACUGAAACCCACAAAUCUCCAAAAGGAAGACCAGCUCUUCGGCCUGCUCUGUGUUCCCCAGAAGUACAGGAAACAUCUCUUUGUGAUAAAUUCUCUGCUAAUGAGACUGCUGGCAACUUCCUAAAAGAAGUCGAUCGAGAUAUAGAAGAAAUAGUGAAGUGUAAUGAUACAAAGAGAGAGAAUCUGAAUGAAGUUGUUUCUGCUUUAGCAUCCCAACAGAUGUGUUUUGAAACUGAUGGUAAAACUAAAAAAUGCAAGGAUCCUUACUAUGGAGCAGACUGGGGUAUAGGAUGGUGGACAGCAGUAGUGAUUAUGUUGAUUAUUGGCAUAGUAACUCCAGUUUUUUAUCUCCUGUAUUAUGAAGUUCUAGUGAAAGCAGAUGUCAGUCACCAUUUUCCAAUGGAAUCUUCCCAUUUGUUUGUCACAGCAGUAUCGCAUCACAAAGAAACAGAAAAUGGAAUAAAUCCAACAAAUAUUAUGAAAGUUGAUAAUCAAGGAGACCUUCAGCAUUAAUAGUGGAAGACCCUAGACACCUGUUAUUUGUAGAUACAUAACAUUACCUUAGGUAAAGGGGAAUCCACAGAAUGCAGAAUGCAUUUGGAACACAGAGAAAAGUGUACUGGUGUGUGACUUGCCUUUAUGGGCAGUAUUCCACUACAAGGAUAUUUCUGGGGAUCACAUAAUCUUUGAAUAUGCCUGAGACAGGCAGUUUGCAAGAUUGGGGUGUAAAUUAAGGUAUGAAGUCAUCUCUGAAGCUUUGCACUUUUUUCUAUUUUGAUAGGCAUGUUUCUUAAUUAAUGACGGGGUGAAAAAAUGUAUUUCAAAUUAACACACAAGGAGUCUCACUGUGAGUGUUUCACAGCCCAGAAAUGGGCAUAUGGGGAUAGCUAACUUUUAAACAUCUGAAAGUAUUUAUAGAAUUCAUAGUAGACUUGACAUUUUAAUAUCAGGUUUGCAGUUGUAAGUUAAAGUAGUAUUCUCAUAAUUUUAUCUUUCUUAUAGAGUAAGAUUUUUUUAAGACUCAAUCAUUCCAUAAUUAUUUGCCUCUAUGAACUUCUUUCUACAACUGACUAUUCCAGAGGCAGUAGCAAAUACUUAACUGGAACCUUGAAAUCUUGUGCCUAUGGUCAACCCAUUUUUUAGUACUUUCCAGUAUUGGCACUAGGGUAAUUUGUUUUCUCUGUGUGACUCUGUGCCUCAACACAGUCCAGUUAGGAGUUUUCCUGAAACUUCACAUUCUUCCUUGGUAUCCUGCUGAAAACUGACUGGACUGCAUUCUCAUCUGGUCACCUGCGUGUAGAACGAAAGAAAUGCAGAAGUGUGGCACCUUGCUGUAACUGCCUCAGUAGUCCUUAUUUUCUGCUGAUAGAUUUAUUUUCCCCCUCCAGUUAAUCUCAGUUCAGGACCAACUGAUUCUUCAGACAGCAGUCAUGUGGGUACUGAGCAUAUUAGUAUUGGUCUUGUGCCCAUGAACCUCAAGCACUUAACUUUCUCCUGAAAUGUCCUAGAAAACUUCAAAUUAUAUUUAAUACCUGCUAGCAAAUUGCAGCACAGUAGACAACUUGCAGCUUCAGACUUGUUCUUUACAUGUUAGGGUAUUCAUGAACCACUCUGCUCUUGAAUGUUUCUUUUGGAGUUUCAUGAUCAACCUUGGUUUUCCCCUCUUUUUCUUCCCCAUCUGAAAAUGCUACAAGAUAAAAAACAAAAAAUAUAAAAAACAUAAAUAAAACCUCUAUACCUUUGGAGUAUUAAUAUACAAAGGAGGUAUUUGUGUACUCAGAAUACUUUUAAAUAAAAACUGAGAUGGUGCCUAUAAUUUUUUUGGUAUAUCUGACUUGUGGAGCAAGAAUUCCAUUCCCUGUUCAAAAUAGUAUUUAUUACCAAAAUCUGAGAUAACAAACUUGAUUAGAGCUUAAAAAGAGACAAGUGGAAAAACAGUCAGUAUCCUUUAAACUACUAUUGUUAGCUUUCCUAUGAGUGACUUGACUAAGUAUAUACAGUAUAAAAAGGCAGGUAAAGUGAAUGUGUUCUAAUUGUUGAGGUAUUCCAAAAUGCUUUGUCAGAUUCUGAGAGUCAGGUCUUAGGCACCAUCUAUUCUUGGUGCAGCUGUUGCCCUAAGAAGUGGGGCAGAUAGUCUUCACUGGCAUGCCACGUGUAUGAACAAGAAUUGACUAACUUGUAUUAUAUUGAAAUUGAGGCAGGCCAAAGCUUGAAGGGAAAUGGUGUACAGUUAGUACAUAAUCAUAGUUACCUGAACUAUGAUCUGUGUCUGUUGAACCUUUUGAUUAAAGGAGUAUCUGUGGAGAUAGUGAGCCUACUCAUAGUCUCUGCACUAGAAAAGGGGUUACAAACAUCAGGAACUUGAUACUUUGCAUAACACUUGUUUACAAAGAUCUUUUCAAAUGGUAGUUCUUUUCAAUAAGAGAAUAUGCCACAACAAAAACAUGGAGGUUGCAGUUCUAAUGCUAUAUGAAAAAAUGCUUCACAAAAUAAUUUAUGGUGGCUAAAGUGAUAACAGCUCUCAGUUAAAACUUUGAAAGGUGACUCACACAGGAAAGCUUUGGCACAUAAAAACAAAUGUUUUCUGUGUAGGAUGAAACUUGGUAUAUAACGCAUUGUUUUUUUCUGCAAGCCUUUUUAUUGCUUUGCUUCUCCUCCCAUCAUUCUGUUGCUGAAACUCAACCAGUUGUAACACUUUAUCCUCCCAUUUCUUACAGAUUCAUCCAAGAACAUUAAAUUAGCUAUUGUGAUGAUGCAGCAUAAGCCUAAUUUACAGCACAUACCUGAACUGGUGGUUACCAAAUUGCUCUGGUGCAGAAGAGAAAUUAACUGUGGUUGUGGUUUGACUAGAUCAGGAGGCCUCUGACCUGUUGAUGUAUGGAUACAGAGGUCUGUGGUGGUGGAGCUGAAGAGUCCUCUAGUGUGUCCCAGACUUUUACAGUGUUGAAGACCUGUGGCUUACUGGCACUGAGAUAAGGGUGAUAUGCCUUGAUUUACCUUAGGAUAAGCAGUCUUUGGAAAAACACAAAGAGACAGCUGUUUUAUUGGACCAUAUUCCAUUCUAACCAAGAGCCUGGCUUGUUUUUCCAUACAUAUUACAUAGCAUAUUUCGCACAGUACAUUUUUAAUUAGAGUUAACUUAAACAGAAGAUACAGUAGAUCGCUCUUCAAGACUGUAGGACUCCUAAUCCUCAUAAUCUACAACCACCAGCUGACUUGACUUUCUGCAGAAUGUGGGCAUCUUUACAGCUUUUUUCCAAAGUACAACACAACUGGUAAUUCAUCAUUACAUGUCGGCCCUGAGUAAACAGGGUAACUGCUCUGUAACUGAGGGGUAACUGAGGAACUUAAAUGUGAUUCAAGUUAAAAUCUGUGAAGUUAGUACUUUAGAAACUGACUUCUUAAACAAACAAACCAAAAGACAAGUAAACAAAAGAAACCCCAAAAGCAAACAAAAAAGAGCCAAAACCCCCACGAAAAUGGAAUACUUGAAAUUGCCUUUUGGAUUAAUUACAACAUGUUGUUCAGGAAAAAGGUUUUAAACUUAAGUGCAUAUUACACUGUUGGAUCAUAUAAAAUGAAGUGUUUUAAGUGUAGUAUACUUCGGAGUAAGUUCUCACAAAUAGUCUUUGUAAUUUUUUUAAGGGCUGAAUAUACAAUUUUGUGAAAUA